AUGAACAAGAUCCUCCAGAGUGUCGGAUCCAACGACAUUGUCGUCACCAACGAUGGCGCCACCAUCCUCAAAUCCAUCCACCUCGACAACGCUGCCGCCAAGAUCCUCGUCAACAUCUCAAAAGUGCAGGACGACGAGGUCGGCGACGGCACCACCUCUGUCUGCGUGCUUGCGGCCGAGCUGUUGCGAGAAGCUGAGAAGUUGAUCGAGAUGCGAAUCCACCCGCAGACUAUUGUCGAAGGAUACCGUAUCGCCUCGGCUGCCGCGCUCAAAGCUCUCGAAGACACCGCCGAAGAUCACGGCAAGGAUGCGACCAAUUUCCGCCAGGAUCUGCUCAACAUCGCCCGCACCACCCUCAGCUCCAAAGUGCUCAGCGCCGACAAGGACUACUUUGCCAACCUCGCCGUCGACGCCGUCCUCCGUCUCAAGGGUUCCACCAACCUCGAACACAUCCAGAUCAUCAAGAAACCCGGCGGCAAGCUCACCGACUCGUACCUCGACGAAGGCUUCAUCCUCAACAAGAAGAUCGGCACCAACUGCCCCAAAUCCUUGACCAAUGCCAAGAUCCUCAUCGCAAACACGUCGAUGGAUACGGACAAGAUCAAGGUGUUCGGAGCACGCGUUAGGGUCGAGGGGACGGGAAAGCUCGCCGAACUCGAACGUGCAGAGAGGGACAAGAUGAAGGCCAAAGUGGAAAAGAUCAAGGCGCACGGCAUCACGUGCUUCGUCAACCGUCAGUUGAUCUACAACUACCCGGAAGCACUACUGGCGGAGGCGGGGAUCAUGUCGAUCGAGCAUGCGGAUUUCGAAGGCGUGGAGAGGCUCGCGCUCGUGACCGGUGGAGAGAUUGCAUCUACGUUCGACCGACCUGAUCUCGUAAAGCUCGGCUCGUGUGGGAAGAUCGAAGAGGUGAUGAUCGGGGAGGACAAGCUGAUCAAGUUCUCGGGAGUGGCUGCGGGAGAAGCCUGCACGGUUGUGCUGCGCGGUGCGACGAGUCAGAUGCUCGACGAAGCCGAACGUUCGCUCCACGACGCCCUCUCCGUGCUAUCGCAGACCGUCGGCGAAACGCGCGUGCUGCUCGGUGGUGGAUGUGCCGAGAUGUCCAUGUCCAAAGUGGUCGACGAAGCCGCGCGCUCCACCUCGGGCAAAAAAGCCAUUGCAACAGAAUCCUUCGCAAAAGCGCUCCGACAACUCCCCACCAUCCUCGCCGACAACGCCGGGCUCGACUCGAGCGAGCUCGUCGCCCAACUCAGAGCUGCCCACCAACAAGGCGACAAAACCGCCGGGCUCGAUCUCGACGUCGGACAAGUGGCGGAUAUGAAACAGAAGGGCGUCAGGGAGAGUUACAAGUUGAAGAGACAGGUCGUGGUCAGUGCUACCGAGGCAGCGGAGAUGAUUCUGAGGGUGGAUGAUAUUCUCAAGUGCGCACCUAGGAGACGUGAGGCUCAUUAA